CCUAUUCAGUCAUCAUAACCACAGCUAACACGAUGGAUCACUGAUGAACAUUCAGACCAUAAGACUCAGUAAAUGUAUCAUGUGCAAGUCACAGCGUAGCCUUUUAUAUACAGUAGUUUAGUCCAUUAUUCGCUUUCAGACGUCAAAAUGCUGGCACUGGGUGACGCUGACAGUUUUUAUGGCAUGAGGAAGCGUGUCAAUGUCCACAAAGACACGGGCAGAAAAAACUAAUCAGCAAAACAAACGGCAACAAAUGUACAACAUGGCAUCAGGAUAUAAAGGUAGUACACAUGAUGUGAGGAUUGUGCUCCUGGGAGCUUCUGGAGCUGGAAAGAGUUCAAUGGGGAAUGCAAUACUGGGUGCAGAGGUGUUUAAAGAGAGCGGAACGAGAGAGAGUGAGAUGCAGAGAGGAAGAGUAGAAGACAGAAACAUCUCCAUCAUCGACACUCCAGGAUUCUUCAACACUCACCUGACUGAUGAAGAGCUGCAGAAUGAAAUGAUGAAGAGUCUUUAUCUCUGCUAUCCUGGACCUCAUGUGUUUCUGCUCAUCAUCAAUCUGGAGAACUUGACUGACGACCACAGGAACAUUGUGCAGGAAAUCCUGGAGAGCUUUGGUCCUCAAGCCAUGAAGUUCACAAUGGUGCUGUUUACCGGAAGAGAGAAAUUAACAAACAGAAAAUGGAAGCUCUUUAUGGAAAGUAGAAAGUUUCAGGACGUAGUCAAUCAAUGUGGAGGUAAAUAUCACGCUAUCAACAGUAAAAAUGACAUUAUUCCAAGUCACAUCAGAAAGCUGCUGGAGAAGAUUGAUGAAAUCCUCAAGCAGAAUGAUGGCCAGCAUUACGACAUUGAUAUUCGCUUAAAAACUCCAAUGAAGAACAGGAAAGAAAAUAUUAAACGAGAGAAGGACACUGCCGUGCAAAAGAAGCAAGAGCCGAAGAAAGUAGUGCAGGAGACAUUUCAUAUACACAGUGUAAAGGAAAAGAGCACAACAAAUGUGACUGAAAGGAAGGACUGUGUUACUUACGUGACUAAAAUUGAGAGAAUGGAAUUAUAUGAGGACAGAUUCUCUCGAGUUCUACCUGAAGAUAGGAAUGAUGAAGAGAUGAUGGUAAUGCAUUCAAAAUCAAGGAGAAACUCUUUUACCAAUAUGAGAAAGCAGGAAAAAUGCAGGAAAAGUAGUGGCACUGAAACACAGGACCAGAAAAAACAACAUAUAGCGAAAGAACAACAUACAUUGCAAACAGAGUCCCUACAGAAAAGACACAACAAGCUUGAUGAUUGCACUGAUCUCAGGAUCGUGAUGGUGGGUAAAACCGGAGCCGGAAAGAGCGCCACAGGAAACACCAUCCUGAGACAAAAAGUGUUUAAGGAAGAACUAUCAGCUAAAUCUGUGACCAAGAAAUGCCAGAAACACCAGCGGGAGGUGAGCGGUCGAAUCAUCUCCAUCAUCGACACUCCGGGACUGUGUGACACGUCAAUCGGCGAAGAAGACCUCAAGAAAGAAAUCGAGAAAUGUGUCUACAUGUCUGCUCCCGGUCCUCACGUGUUCCUGCUGGUGCUCAGACUGGACCGACUCACAAACGAAGAGAAAAACACUGUGAAAUGGAUCCAGGAGAACUUUGGAGAAGAAGCUAAUCGGUACACCAUCAUCCUCUUCACUAGAGGAGAUCAGAUUAAAACACCCAUAGAGGAGUUUCUGGCAAAUAACGAGGAGAUGAGAGCACUAGCUGAACAGUGUAAAGGUGGAUACCAUGUCUUCAACAACACAGAUGAACAAAACAGAUCUCAGGUCAGUGAGCUGCUGGAGAAGAUCGACUCAAUGCUGGAGGAAAACGGAGGACAGUUUUACACCAAUGAGAUGUACAUGGAGGCUCAGAAACAAAUAGAGGAAGAGGAGAGAAAGCGGAGAGAGGAAUACGAGAGAAAGAAGUUGGAGGAGGAGGAAAAUAUAAGGACGGAUGAGAAAAGGAGAUUGAUAAAUAAAGCUGUGUUGUCGACCGGUGUAGCGGUGAGCGCAGGAGCCGCCGCCGUUUCAGGAGUGAGUUUGAGUCCAGCUUUGCUCUCAGGACUCGCAGUAGCCGGUGGAGCAGCUUUAGCCUCCGCUUCUGAUGGAGCGACGCUUUCUGAAGCUUUAAUGGCAGGAGCUGCAGCCGCUGGAAACGCUGCGCUCGCCUCCAUCACUGGAGAAACAAAUCUGUCUUCAGCUUUAAACAGAAGCCGGAGGCGGGAAUCAAACUACAGUUAACAUUCCCAUUUUUUAACCCAGGCUCACUGUGGAUACAUAUUCAGGUCUACAUUUCUGGAGACAGCAAAACACGUAACCGUAAGCAGUGCCGGUUCUAGACCAGAGUAACUGGCGAGGCCGGGCAGGGGCCACUUGUACUCUUAGGGUGCGUUCACACCUGUGAAUCGAUUCAGUUGUUCCGAAACAGAGAUUAAAAUUGUUACA